AUGAAGGAGAUCAAGGUCGUCAUUAUGGGUGGGGGAGGCGUGGGCAAGUCGGCGCUGACUGUGCAAUUUGUCCGAAACGUCUUUGUGUCGACGUACGACCCCACAAUCGAGGACACGUACCGCAAGCCUGUCAUCAUCGAUGGUCAGCAGUACCUCGUCGAGAUUCUCGACACCGCUGGAACGGAGCAGUUUAUGGCCCUCAAAGAGCUGUACAUGAAGAGCGGCCAGGGCUUCAUCCUCGUCUUCUCCCUCACCCAACUCGGCAGCGUGAACGAGCUGGGCCCGCUACGAGAACAGAUUGUGCGCGUAAAGAAUGCAAAGGUCCCGCUCGUUCUCGUAGGCAACAAGUCGGACUUGCGAGCAGAGAGGCAAGUGCCCCGCGAGAUUGGGACAAACAUGUCGCGGGCCUGGGGAAACGUGCCCUACUAUGAGACAUCGGCCCGCAAGCGCAUCAACGUCGACGAGGUCUUUGCCGACAUUGUGAGACAGUGCCGGGCAUUUGAGAUGCUCAAUGGCUCUUCCUCUGGCGGCAAACACAAGGAGGGGAGACGGGAUCGGAAAAAAUGUGUCAUCAUGUGA